AUGGAUGAGUAUGGGUAUCGAAGGCCUCAUCCGUGGGCCUAUGGGAGGCGCCCCAGUGGCAGACGCGGCAUGUACAUUGAUGAACCCGAGAUGGGGGGUUGGCCAUCCCACUUUCCAGGAGACAACUUGGAUAGUUAUAGUUUCGAUGGCCGUGAAACAUGGGUCGCCAGUGAAGAGGACGAUGAGGACUGGCCUCAGUAUCCACGGUAUCGUCGUCCAUAUUCCCGUAGACGGGGAAGAUACAGACCGCGCAUGCAGGACGAUUUGAACUUGCCGCCGUAUGGUCCUGAGGACGUAUACUAUUCCAGACUUCCACGAGGGACCAGGGAUGACAUUGGUGUUAAUUACGGGACUCCUCCUUAUGGUGACCCAGGUACAGGCGGAUCGAUUUACCACGGAUACCGAUACCGCCAUCCGCGAGGACCAGGGUAUGGACCGCCAGGCCCGCCCGAUUAUUACGAUGAAUAUCACCAUCACUACCACGACCAUGUUCAUUUUCAUGAACAUAAUCACAAACACCACCACGGCCAUCGCCAUAAACACGAGCACUGUUACCCAUAUGGUCCUUUCAAUAUGUUGAACUUUGUCAUGUCUCAAGGGUUCAUGCCUGGUCCUGGCUUGCGAUACGCUACACCCAUGGGUUUUCCUUUAGAUGCUGCAUAUGGCUAUAGGGGCGCUCAUAUCAAUAUGCUACCACAAGGCGCAUAUGGACCACCGCUACCAUAUCUGAUGCGUCGAAACGGGAUAGCUCGUUAA